GCGAGCAGAAUGGAGCCCACUGCCGACUGGCUGAGCACGGCCUCGGCCCUGGGUCGGGCGGAGGAGGUGCGGGCGCUGCUCGAGGCGGGGGCGCCUCCCAACGCGCCGAACCGUCAAGGUCGGACCCCGAUUCAGGUCAUGAUGAUGGGCAGCAUCCGAGUGGCGGAACUGCUGCUGCUUCACGGAGCGGAUCCCAACCGCGCGGAUCCCGUCACCCUCACCCGGCCCGUGCACGACGCGGCCCGGGAGGGCUUCCUGGACACGCUGAUGGCUCUGCAUCAGGCCGGUGCCCAGCUAGACGUGCGCGACGUCUGGGGCCGCCUGCCCGUGGACCUGGCUGAAGAACGAGGCCACUGUGAUGUCGCACGGUACCUGCGCCAGGCCUCAGGGGACACAGAAGGUCGCAGCCAAGUUGGCACAAAUGCUGCUGAAAGUCCCGCAGAUGGCCCGGAAUAAAGAAUCCUUGAGCCCGUGCGAUGAUUCUUCAACUUUAAAGGAUUGCUCCCACCCACCCCCCCAUUCUUCCCUGCUUUCUUAGUUUCAAGUUACAAAAUAGUGCUUUUUUUUUUUUGCAUUUUAAACAACCCAAAUUUCAUUGUAUAAGCCAAUGAUAACUACUAGAAGAUGCUUUAGGAAACCUUAGCUAAGCCUCAAUCAAGCCUAUGCAAGUACAGAGAAAUCUAAACAAGCUUCAGAAAUAAAACUAAAUUGUUUGGCCUGAGGGCAUAUAACUUAAUUUCUACCCAAAGCACACAUUUUUCAAAAGGGCUAUGGGAGUUAUCAAUUGGCAAAAGCAGUAGAACAAAUAGCAUGAUUAGACAAAAGUCUUCAGUGCUCAAUACAAGGUAAAGAGAUCAGUUUUAAAGUUUCUGCAUCCAUUUUAAAUAACUAGUACUGGAGUCCGGGGGGGAAAAAAUUAGGAUGAUUUAAUCAUACUUUUGAAAAGAAAACUCACACUGGAGCUAAAACAAAUUUACAGUCGAGGUUAUAGGAAUCCAAGUUACAUAGCAAAUUAUUAAAAUUAGCACAUAGCUAUGAGCGUCACAUCAAGCUCAUGCUUAGGAUAGUAAGAAAAUCCUGUUGGCAGCAUUAAUUACAUGUCAUCCCAGUUUCCAGGCACAGAGUUAGAUCACACACCAGCAGAGAAAAGAGCAAAUGCCCACCCAGUCCAUCUUACUCACUUCCAGGGCCAGUCUUCUCCCACAGGGGUAUAGGGGCUGGGAAUUAAGCAAAAUAGUGCUUUUUAAAAAAU